AUGUCGGACGAUACUGAGACUAAUGAUGUCCCUAAGGACGCGUCGCGCGACAUGCAGCAGCAGAGUCGCGCCCUAGAUUCCAUCACUGACCAUGUGGAGGAGCGACAACUAGAUGCGCGCCGAGUCCAAGAGGCCAUGGCGUCGAUUGCGGCGUCAUCUGCGGCGGACAGGGAGGCUCAACGAGCCAGGGAAAAGGAGCUGGCUGCAGUGAAGAUAGACUCGGUACACAUUGAUGUGAUUGCUUCAGAAAUAGAGGUUGACAAGAAGAUUGCAGAGAGAAGGCUACGGGAACACCAAGGGGAUCCUUCCAUCCCUGAUACAGUGUUUGAAGCGGCGGGAUCAGCUCGCACUCGUCAUUUCGCCCCUGCUCGCCCUUUCUUAUCCUGCUUCCUUCCCCCCCUUCCCCCUCUCUCCCUCCCCCUCUUCUCCCUCUUUGCUUCACACCAGUCCAUCCCUGAUACAGUGUUUGAAGCGGCGGGAUCAGCUCGCACUCGUCAUUUCGCCCCUGCUCGCCCUUUCUUAUCCUGCUUCCUUCCCCCCCUUCCCCCUCUCUCCCUCCCCCUCUUCUCCCUCUUUGCUUCACACCAGUCCAUCCCUGAUACAGUGUUUGAAGCAGCGGGAUCAGCUCGCACUCGUCAUUUCGCCCCUGUUCUCCCUCAUUCUCCUGCUUGUUUCCCUCCGUUUUCCCUUGUCUCUACCCCCCUCCUCUCCGUCCUUGCUUCCAACCAGUCCAUCCCCCAUGCAGUGUUUGAAGCAGCAGGCUCAGCACGCACUCAUCUUGCCGCUCCUGUCCUCCCUCUUUCUCCUGCUUCUUUCCCUCUGUUUCCCCUCGUAUCCAUCCCCCCUCCUUCCCCUCUUUGCUUCUCACCAUCUAUACCCGAUGCAGUGUUUGAAGCAGCAGGCUCAGCACGCACUCAUCCUUUCGCCCCCGUUCUUCCCCUUUCUCCUGCUUCUUUCCCCGGUUCCUCCUCAUCUCCCUCCCCCUCAUUCCUGCAUUGCUUCCCAUCAGUCUAUACCCGAUGCAGUGUUUGA